AUGGCAACAGCAAGAACAGCAAACCCAGCGCAGAUGAUGGGCUUAAUCAGACCAGUGAAUGGGCAACUCGGAGGCGGCAAGCCUGCAAGAUUCAGUGGCCAGCAGCCCCAGGAGAGAAGCAGUGCUCCUCAGAGCAAAGGCUCGAUCAAAUUUGGGGACGACUGGAAAAAGUACCUGGAGCUUCCGCCAAAAGACAACAGAAUGAAAACAACGGAUGUUACCUCCACCAAAGGAAAUGAAUUUGAAGACUACUGCCUGAAGAGGGAACUCCUAAUGGGGAUCUUUGAGAUGGGAUGGGAGAAGCCUUCACCUAUACAGGAGGAAAGCAUCCCCAUCGCUUUGUCGGGCCGCGAUAUUUUGGCUCGUGCUAAAAACGGAACGGGCAAAAGUGGAGCCUACCUCAUCCCUCUCCUAGAGAGAAUAGACCUAAAGAAGAAUCACAUUCAAGCCUUAGUCAUAGUGCCCACGCGAGAGUUGGCCCUGCAGAUGAGCCAGAUCAGUAUUCAGCUCAGCAAGCACCUUGGAGGAGUCAAGGUCAUGGCUACCACUGGCGGCACCAAUUUGAGGGAUGACAUCAUGCGGCUUGAUGACACUGUGCAUGUAGUAAUUGCCACACCUGGAAGAAUACUGGACCUGAUCAAAAAGGGUCUGGCUAAAGUUGACAAGAUACAAAUGAUGGUGAUGGAUGAGGCAGAUAAACUCUUAUCUCAAGACUUUGUGGUCAUCAUUGAAGACAUCAUCAGCUUCCUACCGAGGAACAGGCAGAUUUUGCUUUACUCUGCAACAUUCCCUAUCUGUGUGCAGACAUUCAUGAACAAAUACCUGCAAAAGCCAUAUGAGAUUAACCUUAUGGAGGAGCUGACUUUGAAGGGCAUAACUCAGUAUUAUGCAUAUGUGACUGAAAGGCAGAAGGUCCACUGCCUCAAUACGCUUUUUUCCAGGCUUCAGAUCAACCAGUCCAUCAUCUUCUGUAACUCCACUCAGCGGGUGGAGCUUCUCGCCAAGAAGAUCACCCAGCUGGGCUACUCAUGCUUCUACAUCCACGCCAAGAUGAUGCAGGAGUACAGGAACCGCGUAUUCCAUGACUUUCGCAACGGGCUUUGCAGAAACUUAGUGUGCACAGACCUGUUCACGAGAGGAAUUGAUAUCCAGGCGGUAAAUGUGGUCAUCAACUUUGACUUUCCUAAAAGUGCAGAAACCUACUUGCAUCGCAUUGGAAGAUCAGGGCGUUUUGGCCACUUGGGUCUUGCCAUCAACCUGAUCACGUCAGAGGACCGUCACAACCUAAAGAGCAUCGAGGACCAGCUGGUCACCGACAUUAAGCCCAUUCCCAGCAGCAUUGACAAAAGCCUGUACGUGGCAGAAUUUCACUCCGUGGACCCCGACGACAACAACGGACCAGCAAAACCCUGA